AUGGAUAUCACUAGUUUUAGCCAAUUGGAUGGUGAAUCGUUGUAUGAAACUUGGGAACGGUUUAGAGAGUUGCUUCGGAGAUGUCCACAUCAUGGACUUCCCGAUUGGCUAAUCGUACAAACUUUCUACAAUGGUUUAUCUUUCUCUACUAAAACUACCAUCGAUGCAGCCGCAGGUGGAGCUUUAAUGGGUAAAUCACCCCAAGAAGCUCAAAGUUUAAUAGAAGAAAUGGCCGCAAACAACUACCAAUGGGCCAAUGAGAGAGGUAAUCCGAGACGCCACGCAGAUAUGAUUGAAAUGGACACUCUUAACAUGUUGGGUGCCCAAAUGAACAAUGUGGUGAAGUUACUCAAUAGGCAAGCCGGAGUUGGUUCAAGUUCAUCUAAUGCACAUGUGGCGUGUUGUUCCGUAUGUGGAGGUGAACAUGAUACUAAUGAUUGUGUUGAUUUUGAGCAGGUACAAUUUGUUAACAACUAUAAUCGAAAUGCUCAAAAUAAUCCCUACUCAAACACUUACAAUCCGGGGUGGAGAAAUCAUCCAAACUUUGUAUGGAAAGAUCAAAGCAAUCAACAUAGGCCAACCAAUCCGCCGGGAUUCCAACCUAGGCAACCACAAGCGGAAACUAAACUAGGUUGGGAGAUCGCAGUGGAAAAGCUUGCCAAAGUUACUUCGGAUAGGUUUGAGCGAGUAGAAGGAAGAUUGGACCAACUUACUACAAUGUAUCGGAAUGUUGAGGUCCAAAUUGGCCAAAUUGCUGGUUCUCUCAAUAACAGAAAUCAAGGAGAAUUGCCUAGUAAGACGGAGUUAGAAGAUCCUCCAGUGGUUGAAAGUGAGAAAAAUGAGAGGGAAAAACAAGAAGAAAAGGAGAGGAACCAAGAGGCAAGUUUGGAGGAAGAUAGUCGGGAGAAACCAAGAGAAGAUCAACCAUCAUCUUCCACUACCAUCCCAAUACCUCCGGCGGUUCCAUUUCCUCAAAGACUCAAGCCAAAUAAGAUUGAUAAAGAAUUUGAAAAGUUUGUUAAAAUUUUCAAACAAUUGCACAUAAAUAUCCCUUUUGCCGAUGCUAUUUUGCAGAUUCCUUCAUAUGCCAAGUUUCUCAAAGAGAUCAUGACGCGAAAGAGGAAAUUGGAGGAUUGCGAAACAAUAGCAUUAACAGAGGAGUGCAGUGCCAUCAUACAAAACAAACUACCACUAAAAUUGAAGGAUCCGAGAAGCUUUUCUAUACCUUGCACUAUUGGUAACAUCGACUUUUCUAAAGCAUUAUAUGACCUUGGUUCUAGUGUAUCAUUAAUUCCUUUAACGGUAGCAAGACAAUUAGAUAUGGAAGAAGAUAUAUCUAUGCCCAUUAUACUUGGUAGACCAUUUCUAGCAACUGCAGGCAUGCAAGAGGGAGAUUGUGAAGCAAUUGAAGAAGUGGCCAAGUAUUUGGAUUUUCAAGCACCCUAUAAUAGGGGUAAUGCCUAUGAAAGUCUUGGCCAAGGAAAAGGACUACCACCACCUUCGGAGAUUGAACCUCCAAAAUUAGAGCUCAAGCCACUUCCAACUCAUCUAAGGUACGAGUUUCUUGGAGAAAACAAUACUUUACCGGUCAUUGUUAGUGCUUACCUAGAUGAAAAGCAAUGUGCAAAGUAG